AAUCUUUUCAUAACAUUGGUGAGGUCUAGGGUUCGAAACUCAUUUCUCUUUUUUCUUUUUAUCCACAAUCUUCAUCUUCUUCCUCAUUUUUCCUGAAAAUUUUACAGAUCGUUGACUUUUCUCAUCCCUCGGGAACUUCAAAUUCUUCGUAUUUACACAGAAACUCCAUGGAUCUAGAUCAGCCCUCUUCUGCUCCGAGAAAGGUUAAAUUUGCACCAAAAAAUCCUCCUCGCAGGAGGCCAAAACCCAUCGAACGCAAAACUGAAGCGGUUAAUGAAGCUGAUGAAGCUGAUGAUGAUGAAGCCACACAAGCUCUCCUUAAACGAGUCCAUGAGCAUCUGGGGAGACGAGGACCUAAAGUCGAAAAGAAGUCUGCAGUGCAAGUUGCAUUUGAUGGAGGUGUUCCAUCAACUUCCAUAAGAACAUAUGGCAUACCUAGGGAAAGGGAUAGUGGUAAAAGCAGUGGCUCAGACUUGAAAGACUCUACUACUGAUGAUGGGCAAAUUCUCUCUUCAUAUUCAACUGCUGAACCAGAUGGAACCUCUGGAAGGGAUUUAAAUGCUGAGGAUGCGUCAUGUCAAAAGAAAAAGAAAGAUUAUAUAGAACCUUGGGAUUACCACCACACUUGCUAUCCUACUACUCUUCCUCUAAGGAGACCUUACUCUGGAAACCCAGAACUUCUUGAUGAAGCAGAAUUUGGCAAGGAUGCAAUGAACGUGGAGUAUGAUGAGAAUACUGUGAAUCCUGCUUCAGAACUUGGUUUUCUGGAGGAAAAUAAGGAAGCUAGGAUGUUGUUUCUUCAACUUCCUAGUAAUCUACCCUUGGAUAAGCGAUCAGCUACUGCAGGUGGCAUCUCAAUGUCAUCUGAAAUAACAAUUGCUUCAGCUAAUGCAAAGGGGAAAGCAAUAGCUAGCAGCUCAAUGUCAUUAGGGGAUUCAGGUGCUUCAGCCAGAGCAAACAAACAUUGCGGUUUGGAAGAAUUGCCAGGGGGAUACUUGGGCAAAAUGUUGGUUUACAAGAGUGGAGCGGUCAAGUUGAAGCUAGGAAAUACCCUGUAUGAUGUUUCUCCAGGUUCUGAUUGUGUUUUUGGUCAAGACGUUGUAGCAAUCAACACCAUUGACAAAAGCUGUAGUAUGCUUGGGGAACUCAACAAGCGGGCUAUUGUAACUCCUGAUAUCGAUUCCCUCCUGAACUGUGAUUAACUUUUACUAGAUUAAUACUAGUUGCAGGCAGUUUGUCCAUGUAAAUCAAGUGGAAAAUGUAAAGAAGUAGAGAUUGUGUGUGUAAAUACGUAGCCAGAUUUACUGACUGCAAAUUCGGUAGCUUCUAAAGUUGCUCUGUGCAUAUACUGCAUUAUUGAGCUCCAGUGUUUUUUGAGGAAUAUUUUGACUAACAAAUGAAUGAAAAUUUGCAGAAAGUUGAAAUAGAUUACCAAAAA